AUGGCUUAUUUUUACAAUCUGUUGCAUAAAAAUAAACCAGCACCAUAUUAUGUACCCGGUGAAAUUCCCUCUUGGAUUGACCAAAGAAGUUCGGAAGAAAAAAGCAAAGAUGAACAUGAAUCAAUUGCUCCGGAAGCUGCUUAUCAUGCUCUACAAGCCUAUGAAGCGGAACUUGAUAAAGGUCAAAAACAAAUUUCAUACGAAGAAAUCAAAGAGAUGCUGGCUCAGUUACUACCUGUUGCAGUUGAGCAGUUCGUUUAUAAUAGACGUCUGGACCAACUUAAUAAAGAUAAGUUGAGAGAGUUGGCUAUUCCAUAG